ACAAAUACAUUUACGAUGACAGAUUCAGGUUCAAAAUUCAAAAUAUGGAAAUUGAAGAUUAUUCUCAGUAGCUUCCUUAUUACAGUCCUGCUGUUAUUUACUGUAGCAUCUAUCAGGACUCUGUCACUGGACGUAAAUGUGGGACUUCAACUCGCACGCUGGGAGAAGACGAACAACAUCUCGCUUGUCAUCGACCACCAUCAGAGAGAGGAGCUUCUGGCUAAUUUCAAAAAGGCUAUCCGGAUCCCCACAGUGUCUUUCUCAGAGACGGAGAUAAACACCACCGCGCUACUGGAGUUUGACAGGUUCCUCCGAAGAGCCUUUCCUACAGUUUUCUCUUCAAGCUUGGUUCAUCAUGAAUUGGUGGGCAACUACAGCCACCUGUUUCAGGUACAAGGAUCACAGCCUGACCUGGUGCCAUACCUGCUGCUGGCCCACAUCGAUGUAGUACCUGCCACAGAGUCAGAUGGCUGGGAGGCACCACCAUUUUCUGCCAAGGAGAUGGAUGGCUUCAUCUACGGCAGAGGGACCAUAGAUGACAAGGGCUCUCUAAUGGGAAUACUUCAAGCACUGGAGUACUUGCUGAUAAAAGGCUAUGCACCACGCAGGGGAUUUUACAUUGGUCUUGGUCAUGAUGAAGAAGUCAGUGGUCUCAACGGGGCAAAGAACAUCGUGCGUAUACUGAAGCAAAAUGGUGUUCAGCUGGCGUUUGUCCUUGAUGAGGGUCUGGCUGUACUUGAUGGGAUCGUCAGUGGUCUCGACGGACCUGCGGCUCUAAUUGGAGUGAGUGAAAAGGGCUCAGCCACUGUAAAACUUACUGUGUCUAUGCUGCCUGGUCACGCCUCAAUGCCUCCCAGGGAGACCAGCAUUGGGAUCUUGGCUGCAGCAGUCAAAAGACUAGAGGAGAACCCCAUGCCCAGGUUAUUUGGUCUUGGUCCUGAGCGUGACACCUUUGAGCAUCUGGCCCAUAAGUUCAAGCUCCCAAUGAAGUUUGUAAUGUCGAAUUUGUGGCUGUUCUCCCCACUCCUAGGCAGACUACUCGAAAGACAACAGAACACUAAUGCAUUUGUCAGGACAACCACAGCAGUCACCAUGUUUAAUGCAGGAGUUAAAGUGAAUGUCAUCCCUUCCCUCGCUGAAGCUUAUGUGAAUCUACGAAUCCACUCAGCACAGUCAUUACAGGAGGUCAUGGACCUCAUUCAUGCUACAGUGGCAGACCAGAGGGUGAAGAUAGAGCUGGUUGAAGGAUUCGACCCUCUGCCUGUCAGCUCUGCUGAUGAGAAGUCCUUUGGCUAUCAGAUCAUUAAGAAGACGGUGUUGGACAUGUUUCCAACAGUUACAGUUGCUCCAGGUAUCUGUGUUGGGAACACAGACAGUCGACACUUCAAAGACCUGACCAGUAAUAUUUAUCGCUUCGCCCCCUCCUGGUUUAAACCUGGUGAUCCUCAGAGAUUCCAUGGCAUCAAUGAAAGAAUUUCCAAGAAGAAUUAUGAGGAAUUUGUUGUAUUUUUUUUCAAUCUGAUUCAGAACUGUGACAUUCAGAAACUCCCAGAGCCACACAGCUCUGUCCAUGAACUCUAAAGAAUUGAAAGCGUUGAUUGUAGAGUGCUCUGAGGUGACAGAUGUUAUUAUUUGGCACUAUAUGAAUAGAAUAAAACUGACUUGAAUUAAACAAAAAGAAAACAUUAAUUUCUAAUUACUUUCAACAUCACCUUUAUUGGUAAAAUUCAAAAACAACAUAUUGAGCAGAUACAAUAAGGACUUAGCUGUAAUGAAAUAAUUGUGGAUCUACUAUGUAGAACACCUACGAGCUGAGAUUAAGAUUAUAUGGUAGACUGCUGUCAGGAUUUUUUUGUAAAAAUUUAUGAUGGUAUAUAUGAAGAAAUUAGUCAAUAUUUUUUGAGCUGCUAAAAAUAUUGUAUUAAUUACAGUACAAUGAUUGCUGUACAUGUAAUAUUAAACAGAUGACUGCAUAAAUAUAUGUUUUUAAAUGUGUUUUAUUUCUUGUUGAAUAAUAAUUUGUCUUUUAGAGAAUGCUGUGCAUCACUGAUUGAUUAAAAUGAAUCCAGAUUUGCGAAUGUGUUUUCAAUUACCACACUGUCUUUAAACACCCAUUUAAAAAAAUAAAUCUACAUUGUGCUUUGAAUAAUACACCUGUUGCCAUAUGAUGAAUUAUACAAUAUGUAAUUCUGGACCAAAUAAAAGACACUGAUGAAACCACA